AUGGUGCAAGGAAUGGAAAUCAAUGAAAAAACACCACCAGCUGAUUUUUGCAAAACAUGUGUAAAAACAAAGACACAUGCUGCACUAUUUCCACCCAAAUCAGACACAGAAUACAAAAAUAUUGGUGAUAUGACUUUUACUGACAUAUGGGGACCAUCACGCAUCACCGGAAUUGAUGGUUCAUGUUACUAUGUGUCAUUCAUGGACGCAAAAUCAUGCCAAUCCAUUGUCUAUUUUUUAAAGGCCAAAACUGAUGUGAAGGAUAAAAUACGACACUACGCAGAGUUCCUACACACUCAAACGGGGAAACGAGUGAAAUGCUUUCAAUGUGACAAUGGAAAGGAGUAUGUAAACUCCAAGGUCCGGCAGUACCUCAAUGACAACAGAAUUUGGCUUGAAUUGACAGCCCCUCAUUCAUCUGCACAGAAUGGAGUUGCAGAACGCCUGAAUCACACACUAAUCAAAAAUGCGGGUGCCAUGAUAGCGCAUUUCAAUUUACCAAAGUUUUUUAGGCCAGAGGCCAUUGCCUAUGCAACAUAUUUAAAAAAUCAAUCACCAACCUGUGGCCUCCAGGGGCUGAUCACACCAGACAAAGCAUUCUGGAAGCAGAAUCCAGACAUUUCACAUCUUCAAGAAUUUGGCAGCCCAUGCUGGGUACUGGAUCAAGAAGGAAAAAUCAGAAAACUGGACAAGAAAUCACAGAAAUUCAUUUUCACCGGUUUUCAAAUGAGUCCAAGGCCUAUCACUACUAUAAAGCGGACUCAUGCCAGAUUCUGA